UUCUUAUUGUGCGACCGGCCGCAGAAGAGACAAGACGUUUCAGCUACGAAAUACAGUUGCGAAAAAAUCUGAGUAAAAGAAAACCUAAUCAGAAUUUCAAUAAAAAUGAUUUACGGAAAAGUGUGGGCGAUGUUAAUCGUAUUCGCUGUGUAUUUAAUGCAAGACACAACUGCAUUAAAAUGCUGGAAAUGUGCAUCAGAUGCGACCGCAACGAAAUUUUGUGGAAAAAAUUUGGAUAAGAGUAAUUUGACCGAAAACCAGAUAAAGGACAGCUAUGUGGAAUGUAAAAAUAAUCACAAUUCUGCUCAAUUGAAGGCGAAAGGCGAUGAAGUGGUGCAUCGGUGUGAAGUUUACAAACAAAUCAUUAACAAUUUCGAGGAAGUGUACAUUCGAGGAUGUACGCUUGAAACGAAAAAUGCGCCAACGGAUAAAUGCUUAUCCGCUUACAGUGACACUGCAUAUGUGAAAACGGUGCAAUGUAAAACAUGUUUUACGGACGGCUGUAAUGAAAUAUUGGACAGUGCAUCGAUUGGUGUGAAAAUUUCAAAAGUAGUUGUCGUUAGCCUAAUCGUAUUGGCUGUGUUGUUGGUGUAGAGAAAUUGAUUUUUGUGUCUUAUGCUUGUUUUCGUUUUAUUUAUUCGUCGUGUCUCCUCCAUAAAAAUGUAACACUAAAUUAUAUGAUGGCACCACCACCACCACCACCACACACAUUUUAUAUAGAAUAAUCAUGAUGACGAGUUUGU